AUGCCAGUGGAUGGUAGUGGCCUGCCGCAGCCCUCUAACUGUGACACAAGAUGGUCACAACAGAUGUCAGGCCUCCCUCACAAGCUCCUGCAGCGCUUGAUGCCUUUCCAACGGGAAGGAGUACUUUUUGCCUUAUCUAAGAAUGGGAGAUGUAUGAUUGCUGAUGAGAUGGGUCUUGGCAAGACAGUGCAGGCCAUUGCAGUGGCAUACGCUUUCCGGAAUGAGUGGCCUCUCCUUGUGGUGGUGCCCUCGUCCCUCAAAUACCCGUGGAUUGAGGAGCUGGAGCGCUGGAUCCCCGAGUUACAGCCUGGUGAUAUCAACCUCGUGGAGAACAAGAGCGACACCAUGGGUAUUAGCAGCAGUAAGGUGACUGUGCUGGGCUACGGCCUCCUGACGACAGACGCACGCCCCCUGGUGGAGGCGCUAAGCAGGCAGAGAUUCUCAGUGGUUGUGGUGGAUGAAUCGCACUACCUAAAAUCCAGGAAUGCGGCUCGAACUAAACUUCUGGUGCCCCUCAUUCAGAGUGCCAAGCGAGCCAUACUGCUUACCGGUACACCUGCCCUUGGUCGACCUGAAGAGCUUUUUAUGCAAAUCGAUGCACUUUAUCCCAAAAUGUUGGGAACAUGGACUGAUUAUGCCAAGAGAUACUGUAAUGCUCAUUACAGGUACUUUGGGCCCCGCAGGCAGUGGGAUUGUCGGGGGGCAUCCAACCUAGAGGAGCUCCACCAGCAGCUGAGCCAGAUCAUGAUCCGUCGUCUUAAGUCUGAGGUACUCAGUCAACUUCCCCCCAAAAUCCGCCAGCGCAUCCCAUUCGACCUUCCAAAGGAGGCUGCAAAGGAGGCCGCGGCCAGCUUCGCCGAGUGGGAGAAACUGAUGAACGGAUGCGUGUCGGAGGUCGACGCCACCGGAAACCCCUUUACUCUGGUCAUGAGCUUGAUCACGCAGAUGUACAAACAAACAGCAAUUGCCAAGGCCGGAGCUGUGAAAGACUACAUCAAAAUGAUGUUGGAGACAGAGCAACUCAAGUUCCUGGUUUUUGCCCACCACCUGACUAUGCUGCAAGCCUGCACAGAGGCUGCCAUUGAGGCCAAGACUGGCUAUAUUCGUAUCGAUGGCAGCGUCCCGGCUUCUGAGAGAAUCCAAUUAGUUCACAAGUUUCAGAAUGACCCAGACACAAGAGUGGCAAUCCUAAGCAUCCAGGCAGCUGGUCAGGGUUUGACCUUUACCGCGGCCAGCCAUGUGGUAUUUGCCGAGCUCUACUGGAACCCUGGGCAAAUUAAGCAGGCUGAGGAUCGUGCCCACCGUAUUGGACAAACGUCAUCUGUCAACGUGCACUACCUUAUCGCCAAUGGUACCUUCGACAGUGUUAUGUGGUCCAUGCUCAACAAAAAGGAAACUGUGACAGGCAGCACCCUGAAUGGAAGGAAGGCGUACCUGAAUGCAGAGGAGGGAGACAAGGACAGAUGGGACUUUCUUAACUUUGCCAGUGCAUGGACGCCGAGCAAGCUUCCCUUAGAGAUGAAUUCCGGUCUCGAUGCAGAUGAAGAGGUCUACUUCACUCAUUUUGAAAAGGAGAAACAGCAUGACAUCAGGAACUUCUUCAGCCCGAGUUCCAGCAAGAAGAAGAGAAAACGAUUGCAAGAUGAAGAAUCUUCUUCCAGCUCCUCAGAAACCAAUGAUUCUGCAGAUUCUAGUGGAAGAAACUCUGCGAGAAAGUCCAAGAAGAAAGAAAAGUCCUGCUCUCAAAUCUCCACGCACGCGGACGACUCUGACUUCUCCCCACAAACGAAGAGAAUCCGGGAGUUCCGCUCCGGCCGAAGGCCGAGGCCUAUGGAGGAGGCGAGCACGUCGGCCUGCUUCGGUGCCCAAGAAGAGGAACCAGAUUCUUCCAAUGAAACAUGGGCUUGCGGCAUGUGUACCUACUCAAACAGCCACUUGCUCCCAUACUGCGAGAUGUGUGGGUGGUCACGCUCAAGUUCAACACCAGAGCCCGGCAAGCUGGAGCAACCUCCUUUCACCGAAAAGGAGCAGCCGUCCGGCUCCGACCGAGAACCUGAGCUCGAUUGUCAGAAGUUGUGCGAAAGCAAACAGAGCGAGAAGGAGAAUAAGCCUCGGAAAGACAAACAGGAAGCCGGAGAUCCAGAGGGAGGGGACGAGCGGCGGCUCAAAGGCAAACAAUCAGCGGGAAAGCGAGAUGCUACAGGCAACUCUGACGGUGGCAGCUGCGUUACCCGCGAUCACACUCAUGAACUGUCAGCUGCCAACAUCAUUGACGGAGAGGAAAGUGGUAAUCCUGCAUACCAGGGUCUGCGGUUCUGCGCUAGCCAAUACACAGACAGAAUAUACAUCUACGAUAAGGACGGUGCUCCAUUGAACUUGAGCUUCAUCCCCCUGGACAUCAAACUAACCAACUGGGACGACCUGCCCGAGGAUUUCAGCCGGCACGCAGAAAAUCGAACACAGGUUCAGCGCUUUGUUCAGGAAUGGAGCGGAUUGGCAGCCAUGAAGCAGAAACUGCUGCGACGUAGCCAUCUCCUCUACCACAGCCCCACCCUUGGCUUGCAGAUGCUUGCCACCGCUCAGACACCUCGCAGCAGCACCAAGAGGUACCUUAGUCGAGAUGAUGUGGCUCAGGCCUCGCUGACAAAGGCCCAGCAGGAGGGAGGCAGCGUGCGGGUGGUCACCAAGGAGAACUUCUCAAGCAAGAGGUCCACCGCGUCAUUAGUGUCGCCCCCUUCAGAGAGCUCAAUAAAGGAUGUUGGAGAGCAGCCAUCACCAGGCUUUCUGCAGGCAGUGGACCGCCAAGGUAUCCCGCUCUGUUUGUCCUGCCAGAAGGCCUGCCAGACCACCGGUGGGGCCUGGGACUCCCGAUUUUGCAGCUUCAAGUGCCAGGAAGAGUUCCAGUUGCGCACAAGUCAAACGUACAUGCGCUCACGGGUGUUGGAGGCGGAGAAGGGGAUCUGUCAGCACUGUGGACUCCACGCCCACGACGUAUUCGUCAAAGUCCGCGACGCUCCGCCCUCCCGGCGAAAGGAGCUGCUUGAGAAUACUUGGCUCUCCCAACUGUCGCUCAAACAGUUGAAUGACAUGAUCCGUGCUCCGGUAGAAGGUGAUUUCUGGCAAGUGGACCACAUCCGUCCAGUCUACAGUGGAGGAGGACAGUGCUCUUUGGACAACCUGCAGACACUCUGUACUGUCUGCCACAGAGCUAGGACGGCUCAGCAGGCCAAGGAUCGCAGCCGCAUGAGGAAGAGCACCGCAGCCAACAAGCUUGCGUCAGACAUCAGCAGGUUCUUCAUUAAGAAAUGA